UCAGUGCUUCAAUAGUAUAGAGAACAUAUAUUUUUAUAAUGUGGCUCUUAAAAAAAAUUGUUAUUCUAAAUUUUAUGGGAAUAAUAUUUGCAUUAAAACAACGUGACUGUAAGCCAAAUACAAUUCAAGGGGAAGAACAAAAAUUGAAAAAUUAUUUAUUUUUAAAUUACGAUUCAUCGAAUCCACCGUGCGCGAAUAAAACGACUGUUGAUUUUUUAAUUUAUCCGAAGUCUAUUACUUUUAAUGAACAUUCAAAUACACUUGACAUUAACUGUAUCUCCAUUUCAAAUUGGAAUGAUGAUCGUCUCAUGUGGGACGAAGAGAAGUUCAAUUUGAUUGAUGAUAGUUUGCAAAUUGAUGACACUGAAAUUUGGAUACCGGAUAUUUCGGUGCACACAUCCGGAGAUUUGAGCGUGGAGCAAACGCCUUCUACGACAUAUUGCAUAUUAUUUCACACUGGAAUAAUUUGGUGCAAGUCCUCAGUGGUUUAUACUGUUAUGUGUUACACUGAUUAUACAGCAUGGCCAUUUGAUAUUCAAUACUGUGACGUACAACUCGGUUCGUGGGCACAUGACAGCACUGUUCUCAAUCUGACAGUUAAAGGGACAAAUUGGAUGUGGGGAUAUUAUACUCAAAAUCCACAAUGGGAUGUGGUCUACAAUAAAACUGGAAUAACAGAUACAAAAAAUAAAUAUGACUGGGAAAAAAAGUCCUACAUUCUCUGGAUUCAAAUGGGACUGAAAAGACGUAGUGAUAUUAUGAAAGUUUUUUACAUUACACCUGCCAUUGUUUUAAUGGUGUUGACCCUUACGUCUUUAUGGCUCGAGAGCACAUCCACUGAGAGAUUAAUAUUCGUGUGUAUUAAUUUUAUUUGCCAUCUUCUUUGCAUUCAAGAUCUUCAAUGGAAGUUGCCAUCAAACGGACAAGCUGCUCCACUUAUUCUGUUAUAUUACGAACAUUCCUUAUUAUUGGCGGCAUUUACGAUUAUAUUGACGGUGAUUCUUGGCCAAUUAGAAAGAUCGAAUACAAAAGCACCGCAAUUUUUAAUAUCAAUAACAAACGAUAUUUUAAAUAGUAAAUUUGGUAAAUAUUUUUAUAUUAAUUUAUUGGAUCCAAAAUGUUAUAUGGGAUUGAGAAAUAUUGACGACGAUCAAAUUUUGAUUGGUCAAAAUAAAAAGGAUAAUUCCUGGAAAUAUAUUACAAUUUUAAUCAGUUGGCUAACAUUUUUGAUAAUUUUCGUAAUUUAUUUUAUACUAUUAGUAAUUUACUUGCCUCGCGAUUCAGUGGAAUUGAAUGUUGAUCAUUUUGAAACGCGUCUGAGAAAAUUAUCAAAAGUUGACAAUAUUAUCGCUGACUAACAAUUUUUUUUUCAAUAAUUAAUUGCAAAUUUAUAAA